AUGAAUUUGAAUGUCUCCGUUGGGGACUUUCAGGGGGGUGCAUUGUGGCUGGAGUCAGCAACAGGCACUUUGUGGCGCCAGCCACCAGGCAGCCAGCACUGGGUCAAGGGCGAAGAAGUUCAGACUUUUCGGAAUCCCGUUACUUUUCCAGCUUGUGCCUGGCAUGAAACGAUGCCAUUUGUGGGUAAUAGAUGGUCCAUCACUUGUUACACGUUGCCCCAUGUGCCGGCGGGUACGUUAGCCAAACUUGGUUUUCCGGAGGUAUCUCCGGCGCAACUUCCUCGUGUAUCGCAGACACAGGAGUCAGUUGCCACAUCCGCGGUUAAUUCCACCGCGCCAAUCUCAGCCUUGCCACCGGUGGUGGCCACACAGCAGCGCCCUCUUUUCUUUUUGGAUCUUUUCGCUGGUGCAGGUGCACCACUUUGUCAGGAGGCCGCACGUCGGGGUUGGGCGUGUAUUCCCAUAGAUAUUCUACAUAACAAGGCAUCAGACUUACGCGAUGAUCGCAUCUUCGAUGGUCUCUUGAAGCCUUCCCACUCAGGUGCAGUAGCGUUUGCAAAUGCAUUCCCUCCUUGCUGCGAAUACAGCAUUGUGAAGCAGUUUGAUGGCGGACUGCCACCCUGCCGAUCAUGGGAAUGCUUGGCAGGCUUUCCCUCCAACAAUGCCGAAGCCCAGGAGCGUGUUCAGUCCAGCCACCUUCUGUUGUCUCGGGCAGUCAUGCUCUUGCACGCUGUAUUUCAGAGUGGCAAUCACGUAAGCUUAGAACAACCUCGUAACUCUAUGGCUUGGGCUGAGCCCGUGACUCAGGCUUUCCUGCUGGAAAUUGCGGCGGAUGUGAUUCAGGUUGCAGCUUGCAGCUAUGGUUCGAGCUAUGCAAAGUACUGGGCCUUCGCCACAAGUUGGCGACCUUUACAGCAGUUGCAAAGUACUUGCCAGCACGCGGCGGGUCAUCAUGAUGUGUUUCACGGCAAACGUGACGCCACAGGCCAGUUCGUGUCUCGGCAUACAGCGGUGUUCCCUCCCAUGCUGUGCAAUGCGUUCAUGGAGGCCAUUAGCCCGUUGUUCCCAGAGAACACACAUGCUACCGACUUCACGUCAUUGAAUCAGGCACUUUCUGCAUUGCCGGUUCGCCCCUUGAACGAUUUCCCGACUGGCCAACAGGAUGGCGGCGGCAUUUACAGCCAGCCCGACUGGACUUCUCCUCCGGCGGGAACAAAGGAUACCUUCCGCCAGUUGCGUCAAGAUAUGUGGGGUUUUUUCAAAGAGCAUAAACUUUUUGAUCGCCUUCGCAAACAUGUCAGCGAGUCAUCGCAAGAGCCUCUCAUUCAGCAGCAUGAGCUCCCAGCAUUGCGAGCAAUUUGGGAAGAUUGGUUUAGAGCUCAGGGCUUCACGGAUUCAGUUUCAUGGGAGGUCGCGCCCGACCAGCCUUACUGUCUUCAGGCGCUUGAGCUUCUGAGCAAGGCUCUUGACGACCGUGAUGUGGAGCUUUGGAAGGACUUGCAGGCUGGGGUGGCCAAACUUUUGCAAAGCCUGAUGCAAGUGCUCCGGUCCGAUCCUUGCACCAAGCGGGAUUUGCAGGCUCUCAUCGGUCUCCUUCACUGGGUAUUACAGAUGUCGCCCGAGUUGCUACCGUGGCUGUGCUGCUUGUAUCACGACAUGUCUCGUCCCUUGGGCACAAAUUUUUCCUUGCAUGCAGGUGCCUGGCAACAGUUAGCAGAUACCUUGACUGAUGAUUUGCAUUUCCGCAAAUCGCCACCAGGGUCGACCAUCCCCCCGGAAAGCAAGUUGUUGAGUGCUCGACAUGUGGAGAUCAAGUGCAAAGCGGACUUGCGCUUGGUGAGGGCCACAGGCAAGCGGGUCUGGAUUCGUGUGGCGGAUGCGUCAUCUAGCAAGCGUCGAAUCAGCACGGUGAGCAGACAGUUUAUCAUGUUCUGGGUGCACUUUUGCAUGCGGCCUCAGAUGCCCCGCUGUUUGUCUUUGCCGCCUUUGGACUUUCAGUAUUCAUUAGCUGCUGACGCUUGUGCUAAGGGCAACGACAUUGGGAUUGGCGGAUGGGUUGAAUUGCCGAAUCAGCCCAUUGUUUGGUUUUCCGAAUGGUUUACGGUCCAAGAUUUCCGUUCGCUGGGGUUGCCCAUGAAAGAUGAUGCUAAUUUGGACAUUACGGCGUAUGAGACGCUGGCACAACUGGCUCUCUUGAUCGCUUUCAUUUCCAUCACUCCUACUGGGCGACUUCGGGUGUGCAUCCCAUCUUGGUCGGAUAACUCGGGGACCGAGUCCUUGACGAACAAGCUUUUCACAGUACAUACACCGCUGUGUUUCUUUGCUCAGAAACUGGCCACGCGGAGUUGGCAGUCUGGAAUCUCUCUCGAUUGUACACACAUCGCGGGAUGUCACAAUGAUAGAGCUGAUUUCUUGAGCAGAUGGAAAGGCGACUUGCAGGAACUUCCUUCCCGGUUCAACUUGGAUCAUCGGGUUCGAUGCCCACUCACAGUCUUGUGGGAGGGCGAGCGAGAUGUUCGAGUUUUCCCGCCACAUGCUAACUUGCUUUGGCAGCCGCCUGUAUCUUCCUUCAAUGAACACAACGUGUAA